CAACGGCUACCUAUUUCUUCGUCUCCCCUUUUUAAAUGCGAAUCACUUCAAUUUCAUCAGCACUUCCGAUACAACAUCUUCAGAUUCUCCACUAUCCAGCAACCUUUGAAUCAAGCAAAGCAAACCCUCCCACUUUCCCAUUCUGCUUCUUCUUCCCCUUUCCAAACCCACAUCCCCGUUUCAAACAAGGUCUCUGUUUUUUUCUCUCGCAAGAUGAACGAUCUAAUGACCAAAUCGUGGGCUAGCUACGUGGAUCUGAAGAAAGAAGCCAUGAAAGACAUGGAACAGGGAGGUGCUGGCGACGUGGAUCUCGAGAUGGGCAAUUCGACCAACACCAUGGAUGCAAACCUCGGGUUGUUUCUCCAGGAAGCAGAGGCUGUGAAGACAGAGAUGGAAUCCAUCCGGGGAAUCCUCUCUCGUCUCCAGGAGACCAACGAAGAGAGCAAAUCUCUCCACAAGCCCGAGAAAUUGAAGUCCUUUCGCGACAAAAUCAACUCCGACGUCAUGGCGGUUCUCAAAAAGGCCAAAGCCAUCAAAACCCAGCUCGAGGAUAUGGAUCGUGCCAACGCCGCAAACAGGCGCCUCUCUGGUUUCAAAGAAGGAACACCAAUUUACAGAACGAGGGUCGCCGUUACAAACGGCCUGCGGAAGAAGCUGAAAGAGUUGAUGGUGGAUUUCCAGGGUUUGAGGCAGAGGAUGAUGACAGAGCACCAGGAAACCGUUGGAAGAAGGUAUUUUACAGUCACUGGAGAGUACCCAGAUGAGGAAGUGAUAGAUAAAAUUAUCUCCGAUGGCCAUGGCGGGGAAGAGUUUCUGAAGCGUGCGAUCCAGGAGCAUGGGAGAGGGAAAGUGCUGGAGACUGUGGUUGAGAUACAGGAUAGGCAUGAUGCUGCUAAGGAGAUUGAGAGGAGCCUCUUGGAGCUUCACCAAGUGUUCAUGGACAUGGCUGUUAUGGUGGAGACACAAGGUGAGAAGCUGGAUGACAUCGAGCAUCAUGUUCUGAAUGCCAGCCAUUAUGUGAAGGAUGGUACCAAAGAGCUGAAGACAGCAAAAGAUUACCAGAAGAGUGGGAGGAAGUGGAUGUGUAUUGGUGUUAUACUUCUGUUGUUGAUUGUUCUUCUCAUAGUCAUUCCUGUUGCUACCAGUUUUAGCCACUCUUGAAGAGUUAAUUCCCUGUUACUCUUUCAAGAGUCCAGUUUAGUAUUGAGUACUAAAAGACUUGCUGCGAACAAGCAAGAAGCCUAUGU